AUGAUUAGUAAAUCGUUCCAUCAAAGAUAGCAGUUGGAAGAAUUAUCAUUCAAGAAAUAAAACUAGACAAUAUCAAAUGUUCCCAGAAGAAAUUUAUCUUAAACUUAGGCUACCGAUGAAGACGACCUGAAUGAUACUCUGAAUUCUAAUGACUCUCAAGAUAAUUUCCAAGAGUAAUAAUAAAUGAUAGGCAAUUCGGCAAGAGAUGCUCUGCUUUUGAAAUGUCGGGAUGCCAUAGAAAGUCUGCAUUUAGAGAUUGAGGAGGAAAGAACUGAAAAAUAAAGACUGACUGAAUAAUAUCAUGAGCUUUAAAGAUUCAAUAAUGAUUUGCAGAUGAAUGAUCAAGAAAAAGAUUACAGAAUUUAAAAGAUGACUGAGGAUGCCAUUCAAAUGCAAAGUGAUAUUCUUGUGCUCACUAAAGAAAAAGAGCGCAUUCAGUAUGAAAGGGAUGAUUAUGAAAGGUAGAAUGCUCAGAUUGAACCUUUGUAAGAAGAGGUAAAGAGACUACAAUCUGAAAAAAUUUAGCUACUUGAUUAUAAUAGAAAGGUCGAAGCUUAGAAUGAAGUACUCAGACAUGAAAAAGCUUAAAAUGAGACCUAGAUUUCAAUGUUUAGAAAGGAUAAAGAUGAUUUAGCUAGAGAAAUAAAUGAACUAAGAGAUCAAUUAUACUCGGAGUAGAAGAAAAUAGAGAUCAAUUACAGAUAAUUCAAUGAUUAAUUGCAAGAAGUUUUUAUUAAAGAACAAGAAAGAAGAGAGUCUGAAGUCAAAAGGGAAAGAGAUGAGAGAAAAUAGGCUGAAAAAGAGUAUUAGAAUAAGCUUGAUGAGUUGCAAAUCAAAAUGGAAAGACUCUUAAGGGAACAAUAAAAAGAAUAGCAGCAAGAAAACGAUCAGAAACUCUCAGAAAUACUUAAUAAAAACACUUCAGAAAUAAGCAAAUACGUAGAACAAAUAUAAAAACUUCAACAAAACAUUAGCUUAGUUGAAUAAUAAGUAAAAUCAACCUAAAUUGAGAAGCAUUAACUUGAAAUAAAAAUUAUAGAGCUCUAAGAAUAAUUUAAGUCUGAAAGAAGUUCAAAUGAAAGAUAAAAAGAAGCUAUUGGCUAUGAAAAAGAAUAAAUAAUUGCAAAAUACGAGGAGGAAAUAUCAAGUAUUAAAAAGGAGCAACUGAGAGUUGAACUUGAGAAGAAGCAUCUUGAAAAAGAAUUAUAAAGAUUCUAGCAAAUUGAAGGGAGAUUUGAAGACUUAUAGGCAGAAUGUCUGACCUUGCAAUAAACUAACUAAGAGUACAAGAAGAAUUUGUAAUCGAAGGUUAGAGAAAUAUUUAAUCUACAGAAAGAGCAGGAAUAAAAUGCCAGUGUUUAUUAAAAAUAGAUCGAUUAAGUUUGCUCUGAGAAUCACAAUCUACAAUAGAAGAUUGAAUCGAUUCAGUAUGAUAGAUAAGACCUCACAUGCCAGAUCUAAAGCCUGGAGACACUUAUCCAAAAUAAGGAAAAACAAGUUCUAACCCUCAAAGAAGAGAUCGAUGAAGAGAGAGAUCACUUCAACAAGAAAUUCAGGCAAUAAGCCAAGGAAAUGACGGAAUGGCAAGAACAAGUCAAACUCAUUGAGUCAUAAAAAUUCGAUCUCUCUAAACGAUUAACACAAUUGGAAGAGGCCUAUAAAAGAGAUUCACAUCUCUUUAGAACAGAAACUAUCAAGCGAGACGAAGAGUAUGAAGAUUAAAAGCUAAAUUUAAACAGAGAGGUGCAGAAUGUUAGAAUGCAAAACGAAUAAUCUAUUGAGUUUAUAAAGUCAAUUAAGAAAGAUUUAAUUGAAAUAAUAACUAGAGCAGAUAAGAAAAAUGAAUAGUAUAUCCAUGGCAACCAUAUUAGUGAGCAGACUAAUGAGAAUAUGGAUAAUAUGAACCAGAAUAAUAGAAGCUAUAAAUAUGUUCUUCAAACUGUAAUUGAAAGCUUCAAGAGAAGUCAAGAAACUAUCUGCAAGCGAAUCGACUCAUUUAUUUACUAUGCUAAGUCAACUUAAGGAUCUAAAAUUAAUGUAGAAUUAUUGGAUGCUAAAAGUGGUCACAAUUCAGUCUAUCACAUGCAUCAACACAACACCUCUUCAACUUCAAUUAACCCAUCAUCUCUUAAAGAUUCUAACUAGAUGACUAUUGGUGGAGAUCUUUUCUCGACUGUUGUAUCCUAAAAAGAUAGCCUGAAUUAACUGACAAAUAGAUAUUGA